UUUGCGCAGCAACCUGCAGCCAGCGGCGCCGGAAGGGACUACGCGACCCAGGGUGCAGCGCGCGGCUCCCGGCCGGCGCCGCGGCAGGGUUCCCGCCCCGCAGCCCCCGCUCGCCCGCACUCCGUCUGGGCGUUGCCCUAAGGCUUGUGCCCUCCGGCCUGUGGCUUCCGUGUCGCCCGGCGGCGGGGGCCUGACUCCGGGGGUAGACAGAUUGUAUCCGGGCCAACUCCUUUCACCCACAACCGGGAGGACUCCGAGGGCGGGGUUGCCCUCAUCCGGCACCUGAACAGAGACCCUGGAUUCAGGGCCUGCAUCAGCUGAGAGGCUAGGGACUCUGGUUGCAGAAGGCACACAUAGACAGUAUUCGGUGCCUCAUCCCACGGUAAGGGGCAGCGGCGUCAGCGCUUUCGGUUAUGCCACCGGUGUGUCUUAGAUAAGGGAAAGGGGAAUUUCUUUCAGAGCCGCCUCUUGCGGCCUUUCGGUUUCGGUCUUCCUUCCCCUCCCUCCACUCCCAGGCAGACUAGGAAGUCACCAUCAGCUAAAUAACUAAUAGUCGGGACUUGAAUGAGUGCUCCGAUCCUGGCUGGACUCUGGAGAUAAGAGGCAUUUCCUCCCUCUGACCUAAGGUUCUGGGCCUCCCUACGGGAGUAGGGGCCUAGCAGAGGUGUCUGGGGUCAGUCCCCAAGACGUGUGGGGGCCUCGUAGUUAACUCCAAUCACUGUAAUACAACUUCUGGUUUGUCCGGGCACAUGCCGCAUCAGGCUUGGUCACUUGGCACUCCGAGCUCUUAAGCUGUUGUGGACGACUGGAAGAGAAACCGAGACAUAUAAGAGAGGCAGGGGUGGCCAAGUAGUGACACCCUCGGGCCCUCCUCACAAGGAGCAGUCUUCAGCUCACUACAUUUAUCUCAUUCCCCAACAGUUAGCCAGAAGCAGCUUACAGAACUAGACCGGCGGAAUGAGGGCCAGGGAAGACAAAGCCGAAAGUGAAAAUACCCCAGCUGCCGACAUGGGCUCGGGACUUCCUAAGGAGCAGAAGGUACGUUUUCCACUGCAUCAGCAGCUUCUUAAGGCUCUGGAAUGUCAGGUUGAAGAACAGGACUUAACUCACUUAUUACAGACAAUAAAGAGCUACUGUCCAUGGUUCUCAAACAUAGACUCUUUAGAUCUAGAAACAUGGGAAAAAGUAGGGCAGAAACUGAAAUGGCAUCAGGAGAACGGGACCCCUGUAGGACAUCCGGAUGUAUUAACCUGGAGCCUAGUGAGAGCAGCUCUCGCCCCUGGUGAUACUGGAAACCCUCGCAAUCAGGAAAGCUCAGUCACAAAAGAAGGGACCUGUAGGACAUCGGCGGGCGUGGUUGCGAAACCUAAUAACAAAAACCCGCCACUGGCCCUUAACCAGGACUUAACCUUCGUGCGGCAGUGUUUCCAAGAGGCUGCGGAAGACGGCUCCUGGGAAACUCUGUCCGAGUACCUCGUUUAUGCUAAACAGUACAUGCAGCCAGUGUAUGGACCUUUGCCUUUUGAAAUAUACGAAUACUUCAGAGAGGCCAUUAAAGACAAUGGGCUUCGGUCACCCUACACUAUGGGACUGGUGUCAGCCAUUGCUGAAGGGUUUCGGAUGGCCCCUCGUGAUUGGAUUGCCUUAACUAGGACUGUUCUCAAGCCCUACCAGUUCGCUGUGUGGCAUUCAGAAUAUACUUACCGCUGCCACCACCAGGCAGCUGAGAAUCACGAAAUCGGAAACCCAGUGCAGCUUAACAUGCUUCUUGGGACUGGUCAGUAUGAAUCGGCUGAAGGGCAGGCGAAAAUGAACCCUCAGGCUUUCUACCAGUGCACCCAGGCCGCUCUCCGUGCCCUGAAGGUGGUUCCGGAAGAUGAAGCCCCGUGCGCAGGCUCCUUCGCUAAUGUGCGGCAGGGAGCCACAGAGGAUUACGGACAUUUUGUCGACAGACUGAUGAGAGCAAUGGAAAGACAGAUUGAGAAUCGGGAAGCAAUCAAGGCCCUUUUAUUACCAUUGGCCUAUGAAAAUGCAAAUAGUGAUUGCAAGGCUAUGCUCAGAAUUCUCAGAUGGACCGCCACUGAUAUCAGUCAGUUUAUCAAGGCUUGCCAAGGUGUUGGCAUGGCACACUAUCAAGCCACAUUGCUAGUGGCUGAAAUGAAGAGGCAAGUUAAAUGCUUUAAUUGUGGCAGACCGGGACACACCCGUUGGGAAUGCCAAAAUAAACAACAGAAUAACCCAAAACACCUGCCCAGUAAAGACUGCCCACGGUGUGGCAAGGGCAAACAUUGGGCCAAUCAGUGCAGAUCCAAAUAUGAUAAAGAUGGCAAACCACUUCCACCUCAGGGAAAGGGGAAGGGGGCCAUGAACCCUGGUGCCCCAAACUCCCAUAGGAGUUUUGCAGGCAAUAACAACCCGUUGUGUGGGACUCAGGAACAUGCUGAGUCACCGGUCUCCGUGCCACCACAAGGGGAAGGGCAGACUCGGACUUGGUCAGCACCCAGGAACUCCUAUUAAGAGAACAGGAUGAAAGCCUCAGCUCCUCCGGGGGUAUGGGGACCAUUGCCUGCAGGCACUGUUGGCUUGAUUUUAGGAAGACCUAGCGUUACUGCUGAAGGGAUUUUAGUCCAGCCCAGAGUAGUUGGUUCUAAUUAUCAGGGAGAAAUCAAAAUUAUGAUCAGAGCCUUUGGAUAUUAUGUCAUUCCUGCCCAAACUCUCAUAGCCCAACUUCUUCUUCCCUAUACAGUGCCAGAUACUCGAAAUAUUAAGAGAGGGGAAAGGAGGUUUUGGUAGUUCUAAUAACCAAUCUGUUUUUUGGACUGCCUCCGUUAAAUUAAAUAAAUCUCUUUUAGAAGUAACAGUCACAGACAAAAAGCCCUCCAUGGCCUAUUAGAUAUGGGAGCGGAUGUCUCUGUAACUUGUAGCCAAUACUGGCCUCCAGAUUGGCCACUAGCGGACGCCGACAUAUCCAUAACUGGCACAUGAGGCGUUUCUGAACCACGUAGACUGACCACUCAGGUGCUGUGGCUGUGAUGGACAGGUAGGGAGAAGUCAGCCCUGUGUCCUUCCAGCUCCACUUAAUAUUUGGGGACGAGACCUUCUUGUUCAGUGUGGAGCGAAAAUCACCCUUCUCCCUUUUUACUGGUGGCCACUGUUCAGAUACCUCCACUGCCCCUCACAUGGAUUUCAGAUACACCUGUGUGGGUGGGUCAGUGGCCUCUAAAAGCGGGGAAAUUAGGGGAAAAAACUGAAUUAGAACAACAAUUAGAAGCAGGACACAUUGAGCCAUCUAGCAGUCCGUGGAAUACUCUGAUUUUUUGUAGUUCCUAAAAAAUGAGGAAAAUGGAGGCUUAUACGUGAUCUUAGAAAAAUUAAUGAGGUAUUUCAGUGAAAGGGUGUUCUCCAACCUGGAGUCCCAAAUCCAGCCUGCUUAUCUACGUAUUGGCCACUUGUAGUCAUUGACUUAAAGAUUGCUUUUUUACAAUUCCUUUGGC